AUGCCGACCGCUGUUGGCUAUUUUACGGUAUUUUUGGCGAUUGUUGUGACUCAAUGCUUGGCGUUCACACAUGAGCUGAUUGACGAAAUUAAGGGAUCACCAGAUCGUGAAAAAUUUGUUCAGCUAAGUGAGAACUUUAUAAUGACCACUGUAGCAGAUUCGGAGAUUCUGCGACCGGAUGAUGAUGAAUUCUCGCCGGAUGGACGCUACACGCCACGCAUUGUUUUCUUAAGUCCGGAUGGAACUCGAAUUGGUUCAAUAACAAAUACAGCUCGACAUAAACAAUAUCUUCAUUUCUAUGACCGCUUGGAUGAUAUUAUCAAGGGCAUGCAACAAGCACUCACUUACCGCUAA